AUGACACCUGUCCUCCCCCGCGAGCUGCUACAGGCGCUUGCCAAUGCUGGCAACGACAUUGACCGCGCGUCCGACGUCAUUGAAGAGUACAUUAUCCACCGUCGCCAGAAGGGCGACACCCUCUUUGAUGUGUCCAACUCGCUGCUGUUGCUAGAGAACCGAGGACCUGCUCGCACAGCAUCGGCGAUCCACAAGGCUCAAUAUGUGACAAACGUCCCACCAGCGUCCGAUCUGACGUCUGCGUCUGGGCCAGCUCACAGCUCGUCGGCGUCCCCAUCAACCCUUUUAUCCUACAUGCUCUCCGAACCUCCGCCCCCUGUGGCGCAAGCCCGCCAAGUCAUCCUGGAAUACGUGCUCGCCCGCGAGCACAGGCACCGCGACAAGAAACCCGGCCGUGGUGGCAAGCAUACGAUGGGUCGCGAUGCGUUCGAGGAGAUCGCCGCCCGCCUCGCAGAGGUAGAGGACGGUCUGCGUGGUACUGGCAUCCUCAGCCGCAGGGGCGCGUCAGAGCCCAUUCCUGAUGAAGAGCUCUCACCUGUACGCCAGUUGGGACUGGCCCUCGUCCUCUCCCUGCGCAUGCUCCUGUCCUACUUUUCCCUCCCCGACCUCGCUCGCCAGCUGCUGUGCCAGACUGCUCAAGACGCAGAGCGCACACUGGUUCAACAUGUGCGCCGUCGCGCUCCCGGAGAGGGAAGGUACGGCGUCGGUCGUGAACUCGAGUACAUCGAGAGCCUGACUCUCAACCGGCGGCCAGCGUUGCGACCAGCGUUCCGCUCGGCUCGCGCGCGCACGCACCUCCCACCGCGGGCUCUGUACCCCAUCCCACUCCCUGCCCCCUCUAAAUCGGCGUGUAUCAAACUUCUCAGCGCAUUUCUGCACGACGUGGAACAGGCUGGACCUGUGGCUGCUCAGUCAUACACUCAGCAAGGACCAAGCUCCUACUCUAGCCACUCCGGCUCUCUGCGUGGACCAGGUAAGAAGGCCAGCCCAAAGGUGCCCAGUGUUGCCUUUGGCAGCCCAGGUUCCCCCGCCAGCCCCCUGUACAGUACCUCGUCGCCUUCAAACUCGCCCAGCAGACGCCAAUCCAACCUUCCCUUGGCCGCGGAUCCCACGCCAGUCGAGAGCUACUCGCUUGAGCUCUUGUCCGAGUACCUCACACGAGAGAAGCGCGAGUACAUUCUCAAGAACAAGUGGGUCAAGAGUGGCCGUGACCAACUGGGCCGCGACCUUGGCGACAUUGAGACGGCCCUGUGCAUCAGCAGAGGCAUUGCAUCCAACCACGCCGCAAGCCUGCUGCCCGUCUUUCUUCUUCUCCGUCGCACCUAUUCGCUCCCUCCAACGGCCUUGCCACCCAAGAUUGUCGGUGCAGCCUACGAAAUGCUCCCCACACCUCCUGAACCCGACACGGUUCCCCUCCGCGAGCCGACCGUCAGCAGCACCACUGCCGCGCUGUACGUCAACCCGCGCCUUGAUGACUCGGCUGCCCUCGACAUGGUCGAGGAGCUGCUCGAGAACGAGCGCGAAAAGGGCAUCAAUGCCGCGGUUAGCGAGGAGAAGACCGUCUCGUGGCUUCUCGGUCUCGUAAGCCAGAUCGAGAAGCGCUUCCCAGAUGGUUCGUACGAGACAGUCUUUGAGCAGGCCCGUCUCCUCUCUGAGCGGCCUCGCGUGUGGCCCGACGCUGCCAACUCGAGCGCGUUCCCAUCGCACCCUUUGGUGGCCGUUCACGACGGCUCGCAGGGCCACCGCCGUUCCAAGUCGUACGCGCCAACAUCGCCGUCAAACGACACCCACCCAGACAUCAGGAUGCCGUCAUCGCCAAAGUCACACAUGCGCUCAGCGUCCAUGCCCAUGCGUUCAAGCACGUACAGCUCUGAACACGAAGUGCCAGAAGUACCCCGUGUCCCGACGUCGUACAACCAGUUUACCGACGUUGAUGCCAUGGCUCAGCCGGAGAUGCCGCCGCAGCCGCAGGACGACGACUCGGGAUCCGACUAUGGCGCGGAGCCCGACAAUGGUGACGACGUGAACCCGGAUUAUAACGACUCGGCAUUCACCCGCCGCGUCGAGCCUGGUGCUGGUCUCGGCCUGACCAACAACUCGCGUCCCAAGCCUCCCCCCAAGCUGAGCCUCAACGUUCCCGGCCCGGCCUUUGGUACCAUGUUCGAGCCCUUGGGCAGUGCCAAGAGCUUUGCUUCUUCGGCGCAGACGCCCAACUCGGCCACCUCGUGUGAUGGGUGGUGGGACAUUGUGUCUGCUGGGGACAAUUCGCCACAAGCGCGCAAGACACCGUGGAUCGACAGCAGUUCGGAAGCACCCAGUCCGUCACCUAGCAACUCGCACUUGACCCGCGUGGCCGAGGAGUUUGACGACGACGACGACGACGGGACGGUCGAGGCGUCUCCUCUGGACACCUUGAAUGUCGCUCACAUGAACGUCCCCGGUCUGCCCCCAGGAGCCGACGCGCCGAGGAUCGGUGGGCGUCUCGAGCAGCUCGCGACGCCGGGUCCCGCGUCCCCAAACAAUGCUGCAGUUUCCAGCCCAAGCACCAUUACUGGCGGCAGUCCCGUGGCUGUUGGAGGAGGCGGCAGCCCAAACACGACGGCCUCGAGCGCCUCCCCUCAGACCUACGGGACGGGUCCCAGCCCACUGCGCACCUUGCCUUCGGCUACUUCUGCCAACCUGUCGGCCGCGGCAGCAGCCGCGAUCGCCGCGACCGAGGCCAAGCUCGGCGGCGUGGCAGCCCCGCCUGCACCCAACCCUCAAACCAACGGAUCACCGUCGCCAGGCUCGUCGAACCACACCACCCCAACGACGACCCCGACCGUGCCGCACCGCUCCAUGUUUGCCGACGCACCACCGGUUCCUUCGAUGCCAAACGAGUACGAGCACGACUACAACAGCAACGCCCCCCUCAGGAGCGCUCCUGGCGUCCAGGCGCCGUCCGCUUGGCCCAGUCGCAGCCCCGAGCAACAGUCGCAGCCGAUGCCCCAGACCCGCCCUCAGCGGUCGCGUACGUAUGGCUCGUUGGCCCACAUGAAUAGCAGCGGCGUGAGGCCGCCGCCAGUCCCGGUCAACAUGGAUCGCCCCGGCUUCCCUGGUGGGUCGCAGACACCCUCCACGCGCCGCCGGAACAACUCGAGCGCGACCGCGCAGUCAGCCAAGUCGGCGACCUCCCAGACGGGCACCUCGUCUGCUCCCCCCACGGCCGUGCCACCCAUCGCGCCUGCAAACGACCCCAACGCCGCGACGUUUGACAUGUCCGACUCUGCACUCGACUUUUACCCGUCCGAGGACCCCGGCGGGUCGCAGUACAAGCCAUACACGCCCAUGAUCGGCAACAUGACCAUCGCCGCGCCGCCGGCCCAGCCAGCGCCCAAGUCCAAGCUCGGCGGUUUUGGUCGGUCGAUGAGUUUGAGCGCCAAGAACGCCCUGGGCAGAAAGGACAAGGAUGCCGUGCCCGCCGUCCCGUCCCGCGCGACCGGUACGGGCGUGCAGCGCGCCAACACGCGCGCGCGUGUGGCCAAUAACCCCGAGAGGUGGAACAAGAACAUGGUGGCGGCCUUGAUGGGCCCGCCGGUCGAGAAGAAGUAG